UGCGUGUAGCUUGUAGAAAGCACACAGGCCGGAAAAUAGUAUAUUUCUCUGGAAAAAUGCCGUCAAAGUAAUCAUUUUUGUGGACACGGAUCGAGUUGGCAGGAUGGACGACGACUCAGGCGAGCAAAAUGGACCGUUGGAAUUGAGGUUACACAGCCCUGCCGGAGCAGAAACUGCCGUCUACACUUGGCCUCUGCAGCACACGGAUAAGAAUGAUGGAGCAAAUGAAAUCGUCGACACAAUCAAAUGGGUCUGCGAUGAUAUACCAGAGCUUAUGGCCGCCAUGCAGCAAAAUGUACUCAAUGAUUUUGAUGCAAAAAGCUACGAAAGUAUGCAUACACUGUGUGAGAAGUAUAACAGAGCUAUCGAUGCAGUUAGACAGCUGUGGAAAGGGACAAUGUGUGUACUACCUCUGAACAAGGGAACUACCCGUGGCCAUCUGAAACACAUCAUGCAGCAGGUUUACAGCCAUGCCAUCGAUGACCCCGACAGAUUGAAUGCGUAUGAGCCAUUCUCACCAGAGGUCUAUGGUGAGACGUCCUUUGAUCUUGUGGCUCAGAUGUUAGAACAUGUUAAGAUAUCACCAGAUGACACCUUCAUUGAUCUUGGCAGUGGUGUGGGUCAAGUUGUACUUCAGGUGGCUGCCUCUGCAAAGUGUAAGUUGACGUACGGCAUAGAGAAAGCAGACGUCCCUUCAGCAUAUGGAGUGAAACUGAUGAAAGAAUUUGAGCGCUGGAUGAAAUGGUAUGGGAAGGAGUACAGUCCGUCUGAACUCCACAAAGGUGACUUUCUGUCCAGUGAGAUGAAAGAGAAAAUAGCCAAUGCCAACAUCAUCUUCGUCAACAAUUUCGCGUUUGGACCAAAUGUGGACCACAAGUUGAAGGAACGCUUUGCCAAUAUGAAAGAAGGUGCUAAGAUCGUCUCAUCUAAAGCUUUCUGCCCGCUCAACUUCAGAAUCACAGAUAGAAAUUUAAGUGAUAUUGGCAGCAUCAUGCAUGUUGUUGAGUUAUCUCCACUACGUGGGUCUGUAUCAUGGACUGGUAAACCUGUCUCUUACUACCUCCAUACUAUUGAUAGGACACUGCUUGAGAAGUAUUUUCAGCGAUUAAAAGAUCCAAAACUCAGGGAAGAAGAAUACAAGAACUGGAAGAAUAGAAAUAGACGAGGAGUAGAAUUCAACGCAGUUAAGAAUCUAGACUUCAGUAGGAAUUCCAGUGAUAGUGAGUCGCCCGUUGUUGGUCCGACGACGAGACGCAAAUGGACAGAGUGGAUUCAGAAAGACAACACAAAGGAGAACGUUGACAAGAAUUCUGAUAAGGCUUCUGAGUGUUCCGAGCCAGGCAGGAGACAGAGAAGAAGAAAAUGGAAAGAUGUAACAGAUCAACUUAAUGAGACGGAGACUAAACGCAAGAGAGGUCGCCCUCGCAAGUCAGGAAUUGGUCAGGAUGAGAUCUCAGUGACUAAGAAGCAAUCUGCCGUUCUGGGAUUGGAAGCUCUGCACAAUCAUACAGUGUCUUUGAGUCAGUCACCUCCUGAUAAGAAAGAUUCAAGGCAAAGUCAUACCCAAUUCAAUCUUCCAAGUAUGGUGACAUCCAAGAAUAAAAUCAAGACGAGUCCAACCACGCUAAGCACGAAACAACAGCAUGAUGUGGAGAAAUCCCUGGAUAGGCUAUUGGACUCGUAUAAACAGCAGAUGCUACAGUUUAUGGUGUAUAUGAGAAGUCCUGAAUACCUCAAGCUUUUAUACAUGCAGCUAGACCAAGAAAAGAUUCGAAAGGAUCAGCUUGGAGCAAGACAAGAGCAACUGGAGAAACAGAUUGAUCAUCUGAGACAGGACAGCAUGAAACUACUAAAUGUACGUCUAGAUGAGCUUGGUAUCGAAGCUAAGACGCCGGCGGAGCUAGUAGAGAAGUCAAAGGAGAUUGUUGGAAAGCGCAGAGAGGUGCAGCUUCAAUGUGAGGCUUUGCAGAACCAAAUCUUAACUAUAGAAACAGCUAAUCAGAAAUUGGUGCAGGAGAGUCAGCAAGAAGUGCUGAGUCAUUCUAAUCCAACAUCGCUAAUCACUGAGCAGAUUAUACAAGAAUACAAUCAACAGAAACAUCUCCGUAAAGAAUUGGAGAAGUUGGAGUCUGAGGUUCAUAAACUAGAGAAGAUGUCAGUUACUCCAGGGGAUAAUCAUCUAUUUGUCCAAACCAAGCGAGGUGUGAAGCGGAAUUGUGGCAGUCCUGCAGGUCUAGUUAAUGGUAACUAUGAGCAUCGUAGAAAUAACAGCUUGAGCCCAGGAUGUGCCAAGGGGGUCAGCUCUGAGAGUCCAUCCCCCACUGCACCAGUCACCAAAAUACUGCCACCCAAUCUGUCUCCACGCUCUGCUGCCCUCGCCGCCGGAAUGCAAGACUACGCGCAUCUAUCCCCCGGUAAAGCAGCCCUCCAUCGUAGACUCUCUGGGUAUGAACUUAUCACGAAGGAGUCACCCAAUAAACUGGGUCUGACGCAGAGUAGCAAUGAAAAGGAACCAGUUGUGAAUUCUGAUGUCAAAGGAAAAGGCGCUAACGGGAAGGACAAGAUCCAGGGAGGUUUUGCAAUCCUUGCUGGUCUACCGGACCCAGCAUCGACACAGAGAGUUGGAAUGGACGGAAUGAAAGAGGGCGGUGUUCUCAAUAAGGGCAGUGUGGCCAACGAGCCACCAGUUGUAUCUAAAAGCCAGCGUGACGUCGGACAUUCCCACCUUGGGCAAGCAAUUCCUUCCAUGAUGGCAAGUAAUGCCAUGGUAACAUCAGUCAUUACAUCAGUGGGACUCGCUGGAACACUCCAAAAGACCCCGCCCACAGUUCAGACCUCCCAGACCACGCCGCCAAUGGCUCUGAUCAGCCCGCUUGACAUCAAGCAUCGUGGUUUCUUCAACUUGCUAACUACGAGCCAGGUGAAUAAGGCAAUGGACACAAGCAUGGCAUCACUGGAUGCUCCCCUCAGUCCAAUGAAUGUUACUUUAUACCCCAGUGAGCCUAGUCAAGAACACAUGCCUACCAGCAGUACUGCAACCAUAACUACCUCACAGAACACUUUGACAACUUCCAGCGGGGUGGCUGACUUCACAACCUCCACCCCGGUGCUGAAAUCAACAGUUGCAGGGAAACCUCAGCUGUUGUCUACUUGUACAAAUCCGUCCGCUGCACAGCUGUCUUCGAAAUCGGUUAUGACUACAGCCGUCUUGCCGCAGCCACAGCCACAGCAGCAGCAGCAGCAGCAGCUUGUCAAACCCAAGAAGAGUCGUAAGCGAGCUUCAACUACCACAGUGACCACUCACAUUCCAGCCAAGUUGACCACCACAUCAAGACAGAGAAGUCUUGAAACCCAAGACAGCAUCAUGACGAUGUUGAGCAAUGUCAACCAGCCGCUGCGCAUCAGUGCAAUUCCCUCCCCAGAGGGUAAAAUGUCAUCCUUGGAUCGAUCCAUAGGGCAGACGACACAAAGAGGAAGAGCCAGAUCAACUUCAAGACCUAUACCAAAGAAUAAGUUGUGUAAGGCGAUUAUUCCCCCAAACAAUGCUGCAUCAGUAACUGCUGAAAGAUCCAUCUGUAAGACACCAGACCCUUCAAAAGAACAAAGUAAAGAGAGACUUCCUUCUCCUGUAUCUCCAGAGCCAUCAAGACCUAAGAUCAAGGAGUCGCCAAACAGCAAGAAGCUUCAAGCUAAGAUCAACAGUGGUUUUGAGUCUCUUGCUGCUUUUGCAUCCACCGAGCUAGACCGUAGCAAGCAAAUCCGUCGUCAGAGUGCUGGGAACAGCCCGGAGAACCAAGGCCGGAGAGAUGCUUCAAAGAGUCCUCUUGGCGCAGGAGGACGCUCACCCCAUGUACCUCAGGUAGCAAGCCCAGAAGGGACUAUGGAGAGUUAUAAGAACCAGAAGAAGGGUAGUUCAGUCAGCUUUGGAGGGGAGGAUAUCCAGAAGGCUGGCGGCACUCCAAUGAUUGCUUUGACUUCCCACUUGGGACCCAGCGUCCCUUCCUCUCAGAACAGUGUGGUAUCUUUGAAUCACUCUGCAAAAGUGCAAUCACUACCUAAUGCUGCAGAUGGUGUGAGGUUUGGAGAGACUGAACGACGUCUUAUUGAGGACAUUGAUGACGACGAUGAUGUACACAUCGACGUGGAGGAAACAGACUCCAUGCAGGAGCUCCUUAAACCAAGGACUCCAGGAUGGAGACGUAUGGCAGAUGAGGAGGCUCUCCAAUAUAUUGAUGAGGAAAAAGAAGAAGAGUUACCUCCUCAGCCAGAGAAGCCGGUGAUCCUGGUAGAGAAGACUCCUUCAAAUGUGGCUAAGACAGAGGCAGCAGUCCCUUCGCCUACUCAGACCAGACAUCCACAGAGCAACUUGUUAAGUCUCUCUGCUUCCACUCAGGGUAUGUCAUCAUCACAAGUAAGCAAUAACAAUCGGUCUGUGAAUACCACUGCACCAAGCCAAGGACCGCAGUACAACCAGGCAAACAUAGCCAGACAGUAUGCCGCUCAGCAUCAAAGGUUAGCUGGGAUGAUGGGAGCCGUAACUGGGCAAGGAUCUAUAUCUGGGCAAGGUGUACCACCUUUGCCUGCCAGACCAUCACAGCAGUCUGCGCCUGCCAGACCAUCACAGCAGUCUGCGCCUGUCAGACCAUCACAGCAGUCAGCGCCUGCCAGACCAUCGCAGCAGUCUGCGCCUGCCAGACCAUCACAGCAGUCAGCGCCUGCCAGACCAUCGCAGCAGUCCGCGCCUGCCAGACCAUCGCAGAAGUCAGCGCCUGCCAGACCAUCACAGCAGUCUGCGCCUGCCAGACCAUCGCAACAGUCAGCGCCUGCCAGACCAUCACAGCAGUCUGCGCCUGCCAGACCAUCACAGCAGUCUGCGCCUGCCAGACCAUCACAGCAGUCUGCGCCCGCCAGACCAUCACAGCAGUUUGCGCCCGCCAGACCAUCACAGCAGUCAGCGCCUGCCAGAACAACACAGCAGUCUGUGCCUCAGCAUGCAGCAGGACAACCCAAGUUUGUCCAGAUGUCUGGCAGCAGUCCCACCAUGCCGAUUGGUAAUCGAUCUUUAGCAGCCAUCACCUCAACUGUAAGCCAGACUAGCACGGCUAACUCGAUCACCAACAGUAUUGUCGAAGUGGCCCCUGCCGAUCAGUUCCAUAAGAAGUUCUCCCGCAAGGAGGGGCGUAAAUUCGGAAAGCUUUGGCUUCAGCAUCAACUGAAUCCAAAUAAUGAUCCAAAGAUUAAUGCUCCGAGUGUAACCCAGGGUAACUCAUCUGAUAUUGGACCUCAAGCUGUAAGGACAGACAAUCAGCUUGUUGACCAUAAAUGGAAGAGACAGCACCACAUGAAUGCUAACUAUAACUCACAAGCAAACUUUACACCAAAGUCAUCCAUGAAUCACCAGCAUCAACCUGGGGCAUCGAUGCAACACACGGCCCCAGGAAACACGUCCAAACAUCUACGGUCAAACCAGAGUCAUCAACACUCGGGUUACAACGUGACUUCGGCUGCUACUCAGAAACUCUCUCAUCCUCAGCUUACUGGGGAUUGGAAAAUGAGCAACAAGCAGUAUGCGCCAAACUGGGAAGGCAAGUUUGCAGCUGAGAGUAAUAUCACCACUCCGGCAGCCGGUAAUUCUUGCCAACGUGGUGGUACUAGACAGGAAGGGAGGGUCAAUACUCCGUAUAUUGAGCUCAAAUCACAGCAUCAGAGGAAUGGGCCACCCCAGCAUGGAGCAGUACAAUCAGUACAGUAUAAAGGUGCCGGAGAUGCAAACCUUAACUCUAAAGUGAAACACGUGGCUGUGAAUGAACCUGAAGAGGUGUCACCGACUCUCAAGUCAUGUUCUCAGAACAGUGCUACUGCUAGUUACCUCAACAAUGCCUCAUUAUUCUCCAAUACACCACACUACAGUAACACACUGCAGCAGCAACAGCAGCCUGCUCAGCAGACUCCAUAUAAUCACAUCCAGAGUCUUCCAAACCGUGCUGGGAUACCUUUGCAAAAUGCCCGCUCAAACUUCAACCACACCCCAUCGCCAACCUCCCCGAAUCAUUUUAGGCCCCCUUACCCAAGUCCCCCUGCCCCUCACCAGAAUAGAAUGAUGUCAAAAGGGUCGACACCACCGCUGACUUCACCAACUGAACAACCACCCCCUCCUCCACCACCUCCCCCUAGGAAUGACAAAACCACGCCUCCCCCUCCUCCCCCUGGCAGACCACUACCACCACGCAUCAACAACAUGCGACCUGGUAUGCCCAUCUCCCCGGGAUUCUCCAUGCUAACACCGUAUCCAAUGCCUACUCGGCCAGAAAUAGGAAUACCUACGUACCUACACUCUUCAUACCCACACCCACAGGCUAACCUAGCUGGGUUCACCGCACCUAAUGCCACGCCCGGUUAUGUCAUGCAGUAUGGGACCACGCCCAGAUGAAUAACAAACACAGAUUCGUCUGAGAUUCUCUCGGUGCAGACACACUGUGUGAGUGUUUCCAGGAUGGUACGACCUAAAAUCAGCACCAGUAAUACCUCGGUGAGAAUAAGCCUUGAGUUCAGUUUGUGAGGGGUUGAGAAUAAGGGGUGUGGCUAAGGGGGAGGAGAGAUGUCAAAACUUACUGAGUGCAACGCUUAUAAAUAGUUGGCAUUCAUUAAUGUGACAGGGUGUGUUUCUGUACCAGAGUACGUACACGUAUAGCAAUUGUAAUGAUUUUUCAAACUGCCAAAUUGAGAAGACAAAAGAUACCAAUUAUAUUUCAUUACUUGUAGAAUGUGUCUAGAGAGUCAUGGAUGGUGUAUUUUGUUAUAAAGAAUUGUAGAUAGAGUAAAAGAACAAUACCGUUACAUGUGAAUACUCCCAGUAUUCGCUUGCUGCAUCAAAAACAGACAACGAUCUGAAAAGUUGUAUUUUCACACAUUUUCUUUUUUGAGAGGUUUUGUUGGGAUUUAGUGAAUUUCCUUCAUUUUGUUAGUUUUGGGAAAUGGCAGUACCUCUUACUGAUAGUACGGAAUGAUUGUACUGAAACUGAACUUUGUCUCCUACUUCCGCUGAAAUUUGCUGAGCCCUAGAAAACCUGCUCAGCAGAAAUGGGUACCAGCCAAAAUACCAUGUGAAAUAUAUUGGCUUUGGCUGGUUACCCAGUUUCCUGAGGCCCUACUUCAGGAUGAGUCUUUCGUCAGAAUGUUUUCCCCAAAAUCUUGCAAAUCUUCUCAGAUGACUUCUCAUAACGAUAUUGUUGAUGAUCUGUUCAUCGCGCACUUUGAGGCACAAGAGCGCCCUCUAUAAUAUGUCUCGCCUUAUUGUGUCACUGCCGUCACUAUUUCUAUAAAAAAAUUAACACCAAAUAAAUUAUUUUAAAAGAUGUAAAUUGUUUUCUCUACAUAGGGAAGAAAAAGCAAAUUCUUAGAUUGGUCACAAAUUAUUUUUUGAAAAGAGUUAUAUAAAAUGACAAAUGUUUAAUAAUGAAAUAGUAAAAAUUUAGAAAAUGUAAAGAAACAACAACCUUGACUUUGUACAGACAAUUCAAUCUUAGUGAGUACAGUGUAAGUCUGAAACAACUUCUUAAGAAACAAAAUACAGCGCAAGAUCUCGACCAUAUUUUUGCUUGUGUAAUAUUGUCAGCCAAGGCUGCAAGAACAACCUUGCUUAGAACAUUUUGCAAGAACGUUUUGCUUAAAAUGUUUGCUUUGCUUCACAAAUCAUAUAAGAAUUCCAACAGAAUCCUUAUAAAACUUCAAGAAGUCUUGCAAGAUUGAUUGUUCUCUGUGGUUCUAUAAUGCAAUGCUUUGCCACUUCUUUAGUUUCUACUUGUGAAGCCGAUGAGUUGACGUUAAAAAAUGCUGAUAUAUAUGAAGUACUUGUGUUCAUAAUGAUUACUACAGCUGCAUAAACAUAGGCUUGCCUGCAAAAAAUGCAAUUUCGUACGUAUUAAUUAAUAUCAUAUUAAUGGGACCAAACCUUCAGUAGACCUGAGAAGUAAUGUAAAGGAAAGCAGGUCUAUAUUAUUUAUUCCUAUUGUCAAAUUAUAAUAACAGUAGUAUACUGUAACUAUUUUUUGUAUAAAAACAUAAGACAAACUGUAGGGCGUACAAAGUAUGCCCAGUUUUGUUUCCCGAUGCUGAAGUGGGUAGAGUGAGUACAUUUUUAGGUAGAGUAAGCUGUUUGCAGAAUUAUGUUUUUGUUUUUUUUACAAAGUUUGUAAUUUACCGAGAGUAUGUUGUGGUUUGUUUUUUUCUUAAUUAAUUAAUUUUGCAGUGAAUGGCUUUCUGAAUUUUAAGGCCAAGUUUCCACACAAUCUAUCAUGCUGCAUUUUGUAAAUUGUUAAAGUAAGUUUAAGUCUGUUGUAACAGAAGAGAGAAAAAGACUAAUCAUAUCCAUCUUAUUUGUAUUUAAUUUAAAUUAUCCAUUUUUGGGAGUUAAAAAGUUGGACAGUUUACGUAAUUAGAUAGGUUGAUUAAAACAAAAAUGUUGACUGAACUUUUGGGGUAAAUGUUGACCCCCGUCUAUAAGUAAUCGAUAACUAAUUGGUGCAUUUGUGAAUUAUAUCAAUGUUGUGAUAUACAUUUAUUACUCAUUAAUUAGGAAUUAAAAUAAAUAAAUAAAGUAAGUGUGAAAGUUGAUAUUCUUUCUGUUCAGUACUAGAACCAACACUACAUGAAUAUUAAUUAGGUUGGGGUCAAAGGCCAUAGGUCAAAGGCCAUAGGUCAGAUCCCAAGUCUUAUAGAGUUCGAUUGGCUAUAAUACAUGCAGGGUUUUACAUUCUUUCUACCGUCGUUCUAGAAUAUUUAGUGGAAAAUUUUUCCCAAUUAGCGUUGUUUAGCUGUGUCUUUUGUUGGAUUGUUGUGAACGUUUUAGCUUCAAAUUUGAAGAGUUUAGAUUGUAGGUUGCUUGAGCCGUUGUGGAAAGUGGAUCAAAGUUGAAACCCUUGAGUUUAUAAUAAUAAGGUGUUCAGGAAGUUCAUUUUGCAGUCGUGUUUAGAUGACAUCAUCUAUCCACAAAUUUCUAAUAUUCAACUAAUUUUUCUGCUAACAUGGUAGAUUUAAAUGAUAUGCCUUUUGCAUACUCUGGAUAAAUUCAGUCACCUUUUUCUUUCCCAACAAUUGGGAUCUUCGGUCAAAUAAGAAUGCUUAGUUUUGCAGCCAGACACUGUUUUGGUUCUAGUCAUGAACUUUUUCAUGAAAUUUAACAUCUAUUGACAGUUUUUUCUGACUACCAAGCCGGUUUUCAGGGUGGCCAAAACCCACACCCUACUUAAUGCAGGGAUCUUAAAUGUGAAUAAGCCUUAAGGGUUUGUAUAAUGUUGUAGAUUAGCGCCGUCCUGUUCUAUAAAAACACAUAAUGCACCAGAAGUUAGUGAUAAAGUUUGCUAAGACUUGUUGAAAUAAUUAAGUAUUGGCUCCAUAUGCUGCAUAUGAAUUGGUGGAUUUUGCAAUUGUCCUAAUGUGGUGCUAUUGUGUGUCUGUGGAGUAACAGAAUCAAUGCUCCUUAAAUAAAUUAAAAACCAAAGUAUUUCAGAGGUUACAAAUUAAUGCAAUUCCUCUGUCAUUGUAGAUUUGCAGAGAGAAACUGCUUCGUUGUUUUUUCAUAUCGCUGUAAAAUUUAGAACUUAUGACAAUUUUGGACAAGGGCUUGAGGUAUCAGAUGAGCUUGGGGUUUGACAAAGAAACAAUUACUUGAGCGUGGAGUAAAAACCUGCGCCUUCCAUAUUAACGUGUCAGCACUCUACCAACUGAGCCAUGUUUUCUAGUUCAUUGGGAUGCCAGUCAGAAUCUACUCAACCUGUGUGACUGUCGAAUAGCUGGGGAUCACAUUCAGGGAAGCAUCAGCCUAGGGAUCGCAUUAAAGAGGAAGCAACUUCUUACAGGUUGACUGGCUUCUGACUGGCACCCCCAAACAAGUAUAUUGAGAAUAUAGGGAGAUCGCCAAUAUUAGGGCUAGAGCUUGGUUGGUAGAGCACCGGCAUGUUAAUCUGGAGGGCAUUCCUUCAAAUGCAGCUCUUGUCAAUUAUUCUUUGUUCUACCCCAAAUUAAUUUAAUGACCUGAUGGGUAAAUGCUACAUACUUUUAUUUUCGGGAUGGGGGGGGUAAGGGUUGAAGAGUUUUCUUUUUGUUAAUGCCGUUCUGAAACAAUUGACCCAAGGCUGAAAUUUAAAAAAGAAUUUAACUAAUUAACUGUUACUUAAGGACAGUGGACACUAUUGGUAAUUGUCAAAGACUAGUCUUCACAGUUGGUGUAUCUCAACAUAUGCAUA